AUGGAGGUGUCGAACCGCUUGAAUCCCGUUUGGCCGCUCGAGACGAAGUCUUGGGGGAACGAGCCGCUGCGUCGCAUAUACCACACAGCUUGCGAGAGCGGCGGAAAAGUUUACCUGAUCGGAGGUGAGAAAACCGACGGCUCAGGGAACGCGUUCUCCGAUCACUAUGUCUUUGAUCCCUCUGCAUCCUCCUUCACGCAACUCCCCACGACGAAUGGACCCCCUGACCUGUUCGGGCAUGCCUCUGUGAUACUUGCAGACCGACGACUCCUUGUCUUUGGCGGUUACUCACCAUCUGAGAAUUCGCUCAUGGCGUUCUCGACCGUGUGGACAUUGGACACCAGCUCGUCAAACUAUACCUGGACAGCGACGAACGUCGCGAAUACCACGCUGCCAUCUCCCCGGCGCGGCUUUGCAGCGGCGAUCCUCGACGACGGCAAGGUUCUGAUCCAAGGCGGCGCAGAUGCGGACAUGCAGAACGUGUACAGCGACGGCUGGGUCCUCGAUACCACGCAAAGUCCAAUGUCGUGGACCGCAGUCGACGCUCUAACCCAGGUUGGGCCUCGGCGGGACCAUUUUGCCGUGGCAGUAGGCUCGGAAGUUAUCUUCGGCUUCGGGUACGGAGCAUCUGCGCCGGCCAACGCGUCGUUGCUUCUGUUCGAUGCAUCGCAGGGCGCUUUUGUCAGCUCGUACACCCCCCCUCCUGCUGUCACCAGUCCGAGCACUACGACUCUCCCAGCAGCUUCCGGCACGUCACUUCCUUCAGGUACCGCCGGUGGGUCCACAGGCACGCAGGGCUCCUCCUCUACGUCAAGUGGACAAUCUGGCAGUGGAGGCAAAGGGGGCAGCAACGGUAACGGCAACGGCAAUGGCAAUGGCAGCGGCGGCGGCGGCGGCAACGACACAGGCAAGUCGAGCAAGUCGCAUUCUGCGGCCGUUGCUGCCGGCAUCGUCGCUGGUGUCCUAGGUCUAGUAGCGGGAGGCGCUGCGGCUUUGUACCUCAGUCGGCGGCGCCCAUCGAAUAGCAGCUUCCAUCGUCUAGGUGCCUCAGACGACGACGAUGACUCUCCCCAUAUGGGCCCUGUCAUCCCUGUUGUAGGCCACGCUGGGUCGCGGGAGAAGCCGCUUGGCGUGCAGAACGUUAAGCAGAAGCUCGCAGGGCUCGUCCCUGGCCGGGCGGCUCGUCAGCAGACUGCUCGGCGGGACAUGCUUGCAGACGAGGACACGAUGGUGUUCGAGCCGACAUGGCUCGAUGUCCGCCGGGAUGGUAGCAUCGGCUCGUGGAGCUCAGGAGGACGUCGUGUCCGUCCUUCGUUGGGAGAUAUGGUGCAGGGUUCGCUGACAUCGCUGAAGAAUGUGGGCGGCGCUAUGCUCGCAUACGCCUCUGGCACCCGUCGGACCAGAGACACGAGCGGCGAUAGCAACGCGACGUACUGGGAGAAGGAGCCAUCAUAUGGGUAUUCGGAUAAGGGUCACUCUGACAAAAUCGCCUUCGUACCUUUGGCUCCUGGGGCGGCGUCAAGACCCAAAGGAGGCAGACAGGCGUCUGACGUCUCGCAAUGGACGUACUACGAGGAUCCAUUCGCCGACUACGAAGUCGAGAGUUUCAAGAUGCCCGACGAAGACUAUGACGACGACGCGGUCGAGAUCCAUGGCGCUCCUUUCCUCAACGAUCCUCCACCGAAGCCGUACCUGUACAGUCGCGUCGCGAAAGCGACCGACGACGUUUCUCGACUGACACCUGUGUCGGAGAAACCUUACUUCGCCACUGUGACGGACCACAUCAUCCCAUCAUCGAGCUCAGACUCGUCGCAUGGCGCGUUGCUUACGCCUCCUGCCUCCGCGGACAACUCACGCAGUUCGCAUGAGGCACUAACGUCACCCCGUCGCCCCUCGUCCAUCAUCGAUGCCAACCCUCCCCUAGCCUCGACAAUGCGCCGCUCCGACUCGUGGUGGUCGCGAUUCACGAAGACUCCGUUGCUCGACAGGGCGUUCUCGGCCGACGCGUCUCGUUCCCGUUCGCUACACCCACUCGAGUUCCGUGAUCCGAACCCCCCGCCGCGUCUGAACCCCAUCAAGGAGUCGUCCAACUCGUCGUCACCGCAAGACGAGUCAUCAAAGCGGGACCGUCGGGACGAUCCCAUGUACGCCAGCAUCCACCACGGCCGAUCCGCCACGUCGUUGCAGACCUCCAAGACCGCCGAUUCCGCCGAGAUCGAGAAGAUGGGCCGCACGAUGGACAUCGUUUACAAGGGCAUCCAUUCUUCCCACGGAUCGCACAACAGUCGAGGGAGUACGUCAACAACGUCGAGCUAUGAGCCCGCCGCAGACCCCCAUGAGCCUAAACCGCUCUCUGUGAUCAUUCCUACGGACACGGACGACCUGGAUAGGUCAUCGCCUCCCGGGCUCGGCUUUGUCAUGUCCCCCACUGCGAUGACCACCACCGACGUUCAGCAACCAACACCUGCUCGUCGGUCAAGCGGAAACGUCGCGGCGCGGAUAGCUGCGUUCGAAGAGCACGGAAGGUCCCCGCCCGCGCCUCCUCAGGGCCGGUCAAAGCAGACGCAGAGCGUGUACGGUCUCGCGCCGAAGCCAUCCCUUUUCGUAGCUAACCCCGACCGGCGUACUGGGAGUGGAGACUCAUGA